AUGAAACAACCAUUCAGUUACUCACCACUCCCAUCAGACGGAUGGUUCAGACUACUGAGUAUCCUCCCGUCACAAGAUGGGGCAUCAGACAUCUCAUGCGAGCUGCAUCAUCACGAGCUAUCUGCCUGCCCUCAAUAUGAAGCCAUCUCAUACACAUGGGGUAAUGACGAUGCGACGAAGCGACUGCUGGUAAACGGGACUAUUUUUAAAGUGCGGCCCAAUUUGCAUGCAGCUCUCAGGGCAUUUAAACAGACUCAUGAGACAAAACUCAUUUGGGUCGACGCCGUCUGUAUCAAUCAGCAAGAUCAAGGAGAGAGAAAUCGUCAAGUUCUGCAGAUGAACCAAAUCUACUCGCAAGCUCAAGUCGUCGAUGUCUGGCUUGGGACUGCAGAUACAAACUCUGACGCUGGUGUCGCCUUCCUGACAGACUUUUAUGAACUUGUCUUUCGUGAUAUAAGUUAUCAACAGUCUCCAUCGCGGGAUGUACGCGCGGCCACAAUGUACCCGGAUUCCAUGCCCUUUCACGAGUUUUAUGCGCCCAUCCUAAAGCUCCUUGAUGACCCAGGGACACUGGCGGCAUUUAAUCAUGCGGUAGAAUUACUCGCCGACAGCUGGUGGAAAAGAAUAUGGACUUUGCAAGAAAGUGUCCUCUGCCCAAACGUAAUCUGCUGGUCGGGUUCAAAAACGUUUCCUUUCGAAUAUCUCUUGGGCUUGUCCCAUUUCUUAUAUCACCUAGUGAAUCACGAUGCUCACAAAGGCGCACUGGCCCACAGAGAUAUGACUCUAGGCGCGUUGAUGCUCGUUGAGUACCUGCGCAAAGACAUGGUUGCUCACGGGAAAAUUGGAUUGACAAUGGCGCUUUACUCGACCUGGAACCGCGCAUCUUCGGAUCCGAGAGACAAGGUCAUUGGCUUGCUGGGUAUUAUAGAGCCUCGCGACAGCCUCAAGCCAGAAUACUCAUGGCCAGUCGAGAAGGUGUAUAGAGUUGCGAUGCGAGUCGCGCUGGUUGAAGAUGGCAACCUCAACUGCCUUGGUCUGAUCUCGGAGAAGAAGGAGUCUCGAAACAGCAAUUUGGCCUCGUGGGUCCCUGACUUCGAACUCCACUCUGAACCAUUCAGGGACUACAUAACUUCACUGUCCAAAGUUCUCAACAAAUGGUCGAUCUGCAAGGCUUUUAUGAGCCUAGAGGGGUCUUCGGGCAUAACAACAGACGAGGACGACAGUGUGUUAAUACUCAAAGGCUUUUGCCUCGAUUCGGUGUCCGUUGUUGGAACUCAAGCUCCGGGCCCUGAAUUUGAGAAUGUAGGCGAGACAAACCCUGAACACUGGAGGAGCUCGAUGGGAAACACGAUAAAUCAUUGGAGAUCCUUGAUUACACCUAAUAGUAGCUAUGUAACGGGUGAAACUCAGGCUAUGGCCUUUUGGAGAACAGUUCUGGUUGACUUGAACCAAGGCCGUCUGGCCUCGAAGAAAGGCGGUACGCCCAAAAGGCUCGACAAGAAUGAUCUGCAGGAUCUGUUACAGCUUGAAACCCCAGAGGGAAUGGAAGGCCUGCUAAGCACGUGGAAGUCAUGCCUUCGGCCUGUAUACCGGCAACUUCGAUUGAUCGAGCAGUUCAAUCGGCGGUUUUUCAGGACAGCAAAUGGUUACAUGGGACUAGGUCCGCCGGAUAUCCAACCUGGUGAUGCUAUCUGCCUUCUGUUGGGCGGAUCCGUGGCUUACGCGUUGAGGAGGAGUGCACAUGAGACCUGGACAUAUGUUGGCGAAUGCUACGUACAUGGGAUCAUGGACGGAGAGGCCGCUGUUAAAGCAAUCGAAGAAAAGACUGAAUUCGCGGAGUAUAGCAUUGUCUAA